AGGGGGGAGAGAUCAGGGGUUCGUGCGGGCCGGGGAGGCCAGGUCGGAGGGUGGCGCUCCUGAAGCGUGAGGGUGGGAGUGAAAGGGAGAGAGGACCGGCGAAGGGAGGACACCGGACCCAGGACGGUGUGAGAGGCGGGAGAGAACCGCGGAGAAGGCGGGUGCAAGGAGGUCCCCGGUUCAGCUCAGCUAAUAUUUAACAUAACCAAAUCUGUAGAAUACACUGCUUGCAAUGAAAGUGUUACCAUCCCAUGCUUUGUUAAUAAUGUGGAGGCAACAAACAUUAAUGAAAUGUAUGUAAAGUGGAAAUUAAAAGGAAAAGACAUUUUCACCUUUAAUGGAGCUCUACAAAAGACCACUCAUGGAGAUAAGUUUAAGAGUACAAAAAUCGUACCACAAAAAUUACUAACUGGCAUUGCCUCUUUGGAGAUGGAUAAGGAAGAAGCUGUUGUAGGAAACUACACUUGUGAAGUAACUGAAUUAAGCAGAGAAGGCGAAACCGUCAUAGAACUAAAAUACCGAAUUGUUUCAUGGUUUUCUCCAAAUGAAAAUAUCCUCAUUGUUAUUUUCCCAAUUUUGGCUGUACUUCUGUCUUGGGGACAGUUUGGUAUUGUGACAAUUAAAUAUAAAUCCAGUCUUGUGAAGGAGAAAACCAUUCUUUUAUUUGUUGGUGGACUAGUGCUCACUAUAGUUGUCAUUGUUGGAGCCAUUCUUUUUGUCCCAGGUGAAUAUUCAACAAAGAAUUCUUGCGGACUUGGUUUAAUUGUAAUUCCUACUGUGAUACUAAUAUUACUUCAGUACUGUAUGUUUGUAAUAGGUGGUUGGAUUUCUCCUUUCACCAUUGCCAUAUUAAUCCUUCAGGUACUGGGCUAUGUGCUUUCUGUGGUUGGACUAAGCCUCUGUGUCUCAGAGUGCACCCCAGUGCAUGGCCCUCUUCUGAUUUCAGGUUUGGGUAUUAUAGCUCUAGCAGAAUUACUUGGAUUAGUUUAUAUGAAACUUGUUGCUUCCAAUCAGAAGACUACACAACCUUCUAGGAAAGCUGUAGAGGAGCCCCUUAAUGCAUUUAAAGAAUCAAAAGGAAUGAUGAAUGAUGAGUAACUGAAGUGAAGUGACGGACUCUGAUUUGGAAAGUAGUUAAGACAUGAAAGGAGUACAAUUGUGUUUGAGCACCAUGGCCUUGGUUCACUGUUCAGGAGAAGAGAACAAGAAAAAUAACUGGUUCUCAUCUGUGGAAAAAAGUAAAUCAUUGACCCUUAAAUGAUUAUUGUUACAGUUUUUAUUCAAAGCAUUUGUAAUGUAGUUAAUAAAAGAAUUAUCAUCUGUGUUGUGUGCCCAAUUGAGAUCCAGUUUUUUGUUGUUAUUUUUACUCAAUUAGGGGCAAGAGUAGAGUGGCCAACUUCCAAGAAUGAUGCCUUUCAGAUCCUAGGGUCUCUUGACUUUAGGUCACCACUUUAAAUUGGUUCAAGGUGAGAAUUAUCUGGCGCUACCCUCAUGGUUUCCCAGAGAGAUCUAUGAAGAACAGUGGCUUCCAUAGAACCUUAGCAAACUCGAGUUCACAGCCACGUUGGCAGUUAUGGCUGGUGUUAGCCGAAUAUGGUUUGUACCACUUCUGGGUCAAGGGAAUAGCAAAUUUAAGAACAGACAGGAGUUUGCUUGGGAACAUCUUGAAUGCUGCCUGUGUGUGAUGUGAUCCGGCAGGAGAUCAUGGUCUUCAUUCUUGGGGGUUGCCAUUCACACAUUUCUUCCUUCGACAUACAGUGUAAUGAAUCCUUUCCAGAUUUAGAGUAAUUUUAUUGAUGGAUGUGUUUUUCUUUUAUUCACACAACCCUUUAAAUCCUGUCUUGUCCUUCUGUUAAUUGCUUCUGCUGUACAAGAUGUAGCACCUUUUCUCCUCUUUGAACGUGGUCCAGUGACACGGUAGAAUCAUUGUAGAAAGGAGCCAGACUUAUUCUCAGCGAACUAUGUUCACACUUUUCAGCAAAAAUAGCGAUGGUUGUAACAUAUGUAUUUCCUUCCUCGGAUUUGAAGGCACAAUCUACAGUGUUUCUUCACUUCUUCUCUGAUCUGGGGCAUGAAAAACCAAGAUUGAGAUUUGAACUAUGAGUCUCCUGCAUGGCAACAUAAUGUGUGUCACCGUCAGGCCGACAGGCCCACCCGCGGCAGGGUGGUUUUGUUACCAUUGUAUCUGUGUUGCAUGAUAAGCACUCAUCUUCCUCAUGUAGUCCUGCCUCUGUAAGCCCCACACUCUAAGAUCGGAAAGCAAAACGAAACCCCCCACAUCUCCUACCCCCAUUAGAAGAAAAUUAACAUUUCUGACAGUCGUGAUUGCCUGGAGUACUUUUAGAUUCUUAGCACUCGUUUUCUUCCUUCAUGGGUGUGUGUGUGCGCACGUGCACAUGUAUAAGAUAGGCACAUUCAUCUUCUGUACGGACAACAGUGGGAUACCUACAGGAGAGCAAAUGUUAAUUUCAUGCUUUUAGUAACAACGUUAAAAAAGAUCUUUAUUGGGUGGAAUUAUAUUUGAUGCGAAUAUUUGAUCACUUAAAACUUCAAAAACUUCUAGGUAAUUUGCCAAGCUUUUUGACUGCUCACAAUACCCUCUAAAAAUACUAGUAAUUCUUCCUGUCUGUGUAAUAGUAAGAUAUUCAUAUCUGUAGUUAACAUUACUUAAUAGUUAUUUCUUAGUACACUGAAUGUUCCCAUGUGCCUCUUUUAUGCCAAAUUAAUUGUCACAUUUCACGUUGGGACCAAGUGGUUUGCCUCUGGCAAACCUUAUGACCUGCUGAUGCUUCUCAGAAAACUGAGCAGACUAUGAAGACAGCUCUUCUUGGGAAAAAAAAAUUUUUUUUCUUUCCUAAUUGUGUCCAAAAUACUAUCAUAUGUAGAGGGAACUGUAUUCCUUUAUAUAAAUAUGAUGGCUCUUGCUGUUUUUCCUCUGAAAAUAUAUUUUACUAAUAUUGUUUACUUUGGAAAUCAAUUUUGAUGAAAGGAGGAGAAAAGCAGAUGAACUUGAAAAAGAUCCAGAUACCUAUUCUCUAUUAAGAAAAAGUAAGGCAUGAAAAUCUUUAUAGCAAACUUUUUAUAAACUCAAGUUGUACCUUUUAAUAUGCAAUAAGCUCUCAUUUAUUUGGGGUUCAGUCUUGGGACCUAUCCAUCACCCUUUGUGUUCUCUUUAACACUGCCUGUCUUCUGAGGCACUCACUGCCCUAGACAACACACAGAGGAAGCAGGAGAGAUGCCAGGUGACAUCAACUCUUGCUCUUACUAGCUGUCAGCUUCUCUGGAAAAGGGACCACCUCAGCAGGAGCCCUCUUGGGCAUCAUUGGGCCAGUUCAUUCACUUUAAAUCAGACUUGCGGUGGCUCGCAAAUUUUGUCACACCAAAUUAGAAUUGUUAACAAUGUUUUGAGCAUCAUGUAUCUGUCCCCGACCCCCCUGACAACGUGCUUUUUACUCAAUGAUCCCCAGUAUUUGCCAUUGACUAACACUCGAUUUUAUUUAGUGCACAUCCUCUGGUGCCACUUGUCAUUUUUGCAACAACUCCUCCAAUGUUUUUGGCCAAAUCCAAUUUUCCGUCUCCUUCAAAACAUUGCCUUCCAGCCCUCCCUCCCCUCCUGGCUCUCAUCUGUAGCUCACCCCCAUCUCUGUAGCUGCCUCUUUCAUCUCUUCUAUACCUUUCUUAGUACUUCAUGUGUGUCUGCUGAGUUCUGUCAGGUUUUUUGUCUUGCUUCUCUCAAUUUUGAAAUUCUGUUACGGCAAGAGCUUUUUUAUUUUCCUCUUUCUCUUCCUGCAGUGUUUUUCAUUCAUUAGGUGUUCGGUGCAUAAGUUGGAUGAUUGAAAGUUGGCUGUAUGCAGAUUCCCCACUAUUUUCAGUAGGGUGAUUUAGAUCGUUUUCUUUUUUGACAAAUUUCACGUGCCCUGAAAACUUUAAAAGGUUAUGACUUUUCACCUGGAAACUCCAGGUCCAUUUUGUUUAAAUUUCUGAGGAUGUCAAAAUGAAAAAAUGGGGCUAUCCCAAAAUUUGAGAGUAUUGCUCAUGCCAGGAUGCUAUAGUCCAUUUAGUAAAUGACCAACCAAAUUGUGAUUUGAGUUAAUAAAGCUCAAAAAGUGAUACAUUUACUCCUCCAUCUCGUUGAGAAUCAAGCUCUGUAUCACCUUCUAGAUAUUUUUUGUCUUAAAAGGGGUAUUCAAAAACAGAUCUGUGGGAUGUGUAUGGAAAUACAUACUCCAAUGGCAUUUACCUGCCAUUGGAAACCGGAGAAAGGAUUGUUGGGCAACACUUUCUCUUUUUAUUAUGUUUUAUUUAAUGGAGAGUUUGUUUAGAAACCUUAGUUUCACAUGUGUCACAUUUUCAAAAUCACUAACUGCCAUCACCCACUGGGGUCCUUUUUUAAGUCAUUUUCCGUGGCUAAUAGGGAUAAUCCAGGUAACUUUUAAGAGCUAAGCAGUGAACAGAAAGUUUUCCUGCCUUUGGCUUUUGACAGCUCUUACUUAUCAUUUAAAACCAGCUUUCCCAUAAAUUGAGCCUUUUGAAAAAAAGAGCAUUUGUAAUAAGUUUCU